AUGGUAUUCCCAUACAAGCACGUCUUGCUCGUUGGAGGUACAUCGGGAAUCGGUAGAGCGCUAGCCGAUCGUCUGAUACAAGCCGGCAUCAAAGUGACUACCGUAGGACGACGGAAACAUCGUCUCGACGAGUUCAUUGCAAAGCAUGGCGAGGAACAGGCCUCGGGGAUAAAUUACGAUGUCAGCGAUAUUGACGGGGCUCCCCAAUUUGCCGCGAAUGCAAUCGCUCAACAUCCAGAUAUCGACUGUGUCUUUCUCAACCCGGGAACCCAACGGAAAUACAAGUUGACGGACCCUAAGGAUGGCGACUUGAGUGAUUUCAGAGCAGAGAUGGACGUCAAUUUCAUCAGCUACGUUGCUCUGACUCAGGCAUUCAUUCCAUUAUUGAUGUCCAGGUCCACCCCAACAAGCUUUAUAUUUACAACUUCGCUUCUAGCUUUGGUGCCUGCGCCAAGAAUCCCCGCCUAUUCAGCCGCUAAAGCUGCGUUGAACGCCUUUGUGUACUGCCUCCGAGACCAACUGAGGGAAUCGAAUGUUCAAGUGAUCGAGUUGGCUCCACCUCUUGUGUCAACUGAACUACACGAUUAUAUGGGCAUUGAGAAAGGACGGGGCAUGGGGAUGCCAGUUGAGCAGUACGCUGAAGAUGCCUAUCAGGCAUUGGAGACGGGAAGCGAUGAGAUUAUCGGUGGGAGCGUUGGACCCACGGAGGUCUUUCAGGAUCUGGCGGACAAGCGUCGGAAAAUUUUUGAUGAGUUCGCACCAAUGCUUCGUGAUGUCGAUUGA